AUGGGGAAAAAUAUAUCUUCCACGGCCACCAUCCUCAUCGUGUUCUUCAUGGUCUUAGCAGUGUCAUCGUCGUUGGACAUGUCUAUAAUCUCGUACGACAGAACCCACGCAGACAAGACAGUGUGGAGGGGCGACGAGGAGGUAAGAAGUAUAUACGAGGAGUGGCUUGUGAAGCAUGGGAAGGUGCAUAGCGCCCUCGCCGAGAAAGAAAAGAGUUUUCAGAUUUUCAAAGACAACCUCAAGUUUAUCGACGAGCACAACGCUGAGAUCCGGACAUACAAGGUUGGUCUGAACCGGUUCGCUGAUCUUAGCAACGAGGAAUACCGGUCCAAGUACCUGAGAAACAAGAUUAACCCUCUCAGGAUGAUGGCGAAGCCAAGUAACCGUUACGCUCGGCGCGUGGGUGACAACUUGCCGGAAUGUGUUGAUUGGAGGAAAGAAGGUGCUGUGGUGAGAGUCAAAGACCAAGCAGAGUGCGAGGGUUGCUGGGCAUUCUCAGCAAUUGCGGCAGUGGAAGGGAUUAACAAGAUAGUAACAGGCAAUCUAACUGCAUUAUCAGAGCAAGAACUGUUGGAUUGUGACCGAACAGUGAACGCAGGAUGCGGUGGGGGACUUGUGGAUUACGCCUUUGAGUUCAUUAUCAACAAUGGUGGCAUUGACACCGAAGAUGAUUAUCCCUUUCAAGGUGCUGAUGGUGUAUGUGAUCAAAAUAAGCAAAAUGCUAAAGCUGUUACAAUUGAUGGUUAUGAACGUGUUCCUGCUUAUGACGAGUUAGCCUUGAAAAAGGCAGUAGCAAAUCAACCAGUGAGCGUUGCCAUUGAAGCAUAUGGCAAAGGGUUUCAGUUAUAUGAAUCAGGUAUAUUCACAGGAACAUGUGGUACUGCAAUAGAUCAUGGUGUUGCAGCUGUUGGUUACGGUACAGAAAAUGGAACUGACUAUUGGAUCGUGAAGAAUUCAUGGGGUAAGAAAUGGGGAGAGGAAGGUUAUGUAAGAAUGGAACGAAAUAUAGCAGAAGACACUGCAGGAAAGUGUGGAAUUACGAUUCUUUCAUUCUAUCCCAUUAAGAGUGGCCAAAAUCUGUCAAACCCUGUCAACUUCAGUCACCCACCGGAACUUCACAGGUAG